AUGGAUUCCAAAUUAAAGAAGAUCGUCGGACGCUACUCCGAAGAGGACCCGACGUCCAACCUGCAGCCGAUCGAUGACGACUUCGGCGACAGCGGGGCGGAUGCCGCACCCCGGAUGUACGGACCUGGAUAUGGAGACAUGCUGUUCGUGGAGCACAUCGACAUGUGUCAGAACAUAAACAAACCAACCCACUACACCACCGAGUACGACACGAAUAACCUGGUGGUCCGCCGCGGCCAGGAGUUCAUCAUCAGGGUCACCUUCAGCCGCCUGCUGACGCAGCAGGACGACUUCCAGCUGGAGUUCCUCAUUGGCCCCAACCCUUCACACAACAAGGGCUCACUGGUGGUGGUGACCUUUAACACCCGCCAUGGCGGUCCGUGGUCGGGUCGGGUCAUCAACAUGGAAGGUCCAUCCGCCGUAUUGGGCAUCACGCCAAGCCCCAACGCCAUCGUGGGGAAGUUUCGUACCUACGUGGCCAUCUUGGUGGGCGGAGAAAUGCAGCGGACCAAGAGGGACCAGAGCACUGACCUGUAUCUGCUCUUCAACGCCUGGUGUCCAGAGGACCCUGUGUUUCUUCCCAAUGAGGAAGAACGGAGGGAGUAUGUUCUGAACGACAUGGGUAUAAUCUACCAGGGCAAUGCCUCAACCGUAACUCCGAGGAGCUGGAUGUACGGACAGUUUGAGAAAGGCAUUCUGGAUGCUUGUAUUUACAUCCUGGAUAGUAGCCGAAUGCCGAUCUUCAACCGAGGGAACGUCAUCAAACUGGUCAGGAAGGGAUCGGCCAUGAUUAACUCCCAGGACGAUAACGGUGUGCUGGUCGGAAACUGGAGCAACGACUACUCCAUGGGAACGCGGCCGACGGCCUGGACCGGCAGCGUCAAGAUCCUGCUGAAGUACGCCAACACGGGAGUGCCCGUGUGCUUCGCCCAGUGCUGGGUGUUCGCCGGAGUCUUCAACACCUUCCUUCGGUGCUUCGGCAUCCCAUCGAGGGUCAUCACCAACUUCAGCUCAGCUCACGACAACACGGGGAACCUGAAGACCGACCUCAUCUUCAACAUGGACGGCACGCCAGACCGACGCAACACCCGCGACUCCAUCUGGAACUACCACUGCUGGAACGAGGUGAAUAUGGUGCGAUACGACCUGCCGCCUGGCUAUGGGGGAUGGCAGGUGGUGGACGCCACGCCGCAGGAGACCAGCGAUGGGCACUAUCGCUGUGGUCCAGCCUCGGUUAAUGCCAUCAAGAAAGGCCUACUGUGUCACCCCUUUGACGCCGGAUUUGUCUUUGCGCAGGUAAACAGUGAUGUGGUCUUCCUGAAGAGGGACAAGUAUGGGACUCUGACUCCCUUCAAGGUGGACACCACCCACGUGGGCCAGGCUCUUUACACCAAAGCUGUGGGCAGCAACGCACCUGUAAACGUCACACAAACCUACAAGUACCCCGAAGGCAGCCCUGAGGACGAAGCCACCAUGCUUCGGGCGGAGGAGUUCGGCUGCGAGAGGGACCACUCAGACGUGCCCGCCGGCCAGGUGGCCGUCAAGAUCAUCGCUGAACCGUGUCUUCUUGGUGCUGAUAUGAAAGUGGAAGUGGCUUUCCAGAAUCAUGGAAACACUCCCACAUCUGUGGAGGCUCACAUGGAGGUAUCCACCAUUUUCUACACCGGAGCCAUCGCCAACCAUUUCAAGGACCAGGACUUCGUCGUGGACAUACAGCCCGGAGGCAAGAAGAAGGUGCCGCUGACGGUCAGUGCUCAGGAGUACAUGCCUCGCCUCAGCUCUCAGCUCUCCCUGCACGUCGUGGUGACGGCUCAGUUCGGAGGACAGUCUGUGGCCGACAGUAAAGUCAUCGAGCUGAUGACACCGAAGCUCCUCAUCACGGUGAGCGACAUGCCUCAGGUCGGCCAGGACAUGUUUGUGACCGUCUCCUUCACCAACGUUCUCCAAAUCCCCCUGGAAAAUGUGACUGUCUGCCUGGACGGCGCCGGACUCACCGAACUGAGGACACAUUUCUACGCCAUCAUCCCGCCGCAGGGGUCCAUCUCCUGGCAGGAGACCAUCAGGCCUCGCCUGUCAGGAGUCCGAGUCUUCAUUGCAAUUCUGUACUGCGAAGCCCUGCCCUACACUGCAGCCGUGGAGCGCAGAGGCUGGCACCAGGGGGCGCUGCUGCACGUGCCGCAGGCUUCAGAGAAAUGA